AGCAAUGCCAAAGGACAUGACUAUAUAUCCUCCUAGACCACCAAUAGUGACCAUUAUGGGGCAUGUCGAUCAUGGAAAGACAACAUUGUUAGAUACUUUACGAAAAUCGUCAGUAGCAGCUGGUGAAGUUGGCGGAAUAACUCAGCACAUUGGCGCUUUUUCUGUUUCAUUGCCAUCACAAAAAACCAUCACAUUUCUUGAUACACCUGGUCAUGCUGCAUUUUCUGCUAUGCGUGCUAGAGGUGCUAACGUAACUGACAUUGUUGUCCUUGUCGUUGCUGCUGAUGAUGGUGUUAUGCCACAAACAUUGGAAGCAAUAAAGCAUGCUAAGAAUGCUGGAGUGCCCAUAAUUGUUGCAAUUAACAAGAUUGAUAAACACGAUGCAGACUCGAGAAAAGUACGCGAUUCACUCAUGAGGCAUGGUAUAGAACUAGAAGAGGUCGGGGGUGACACGCAAUGUGUUGAAAUCUCUGCUUUAACUGGGAAAGGUUUGGAUACGCUAGAAGAAACUAUCAUAACAUUGGCAGAAUUAAAUGAUUACUGUGCUGAGGUUGAUAUUGAAGCAGAAGGUGUUAUUAUUGAAUCACAAAUAGAAAAAGGCAAAGGUAAUGUUGCGACAGUCUUGGUUAAACGUGGAACCUUAAAACAAGGCGAUAUUAUCGUAGCAGGCACUAGUUGGUGUAAAGUUCGAAUGAUGAGCGAUGAUAAAGGUCAAUCGCUUAAGCAAGCACCACCUGGUACUCCUGUGAAGGUCAUGGGUUGGAGAGAAACACCAAGUACUGGUGAUGAAGUCCUUCAGGCUACAGAUGAAGAACUUGCUAAAACUGUGGUUGCCAAUCGACAGAGAAAAAUCGAACGUGAAAAGCAAAUAAAAGAUUUAGAAAUUAUUAAUGAAAAGAGAAGGCAACAAUAUCCUACUAUGCCAUCGCCACCAUCUUCAAAUACGGUAAUAAAGCCAGAUGACGACCAAAUAAAAGAAUUAAGAGUUGUUGUUAAAGGUGAUGUAAGUGGUUCAAUUGAAGCUAUUGUUGAUUCACUAGAUUCUAUUGGGAACGAAGAGGUUCACGUGAGUGUGGUAGAUUUUGGAGUAGGUGAUAUUAGCGAGUCAGAUGUUCAAAUGGCUGCUGCAGCGCAAGGAGCAAUAUUAGGAUUCAAUGUUAAGGUUGACAAAAGAGCGAGUUCUUUAGCUCAAGUAGAACAUGUUGAAAUAAUGUGUUACAAUAUCAUUUAUAAACUUUUGGAUGAUAUAAAAAAUAAGUUAAGUAAAAUGUUACCACCCGUACUGGAAACAGUUGUUUCGGGUGAAGCAACAGUAUUACAGGUUUUUCAAAUCAACGUUAAAAAUAGAGAGUUUAGGCCAGUAGCUGGAUCAUUAGAGUCAUUAAAACAUUUGAAACAAGAUGUUACAGAAGCAAAGAAAGGAUUAGAGUGUGGUAUAUCAUUUGAUGGAUUUACGGACUUUAAAGAAGGAGAUUUAGUUCAGAGUAUAGUUGUAAAGGAAGUACCACGUACUUUGUGA